GCCGCUAGCAUUUCCCUUACAGAUUGAGACUCUUAAGUCGAACUGAGAAGGAGAAGAAGGUUCGAACUUGAAACGCAGCAUCCUCAAAUCCAAUCUGGAGCCAUGAAGGUGAGAUCAUCUGUGAAAAAGAUGUGUGAGUUCUGUAGAACUGUUAAGCGUCGUGGUCGUGUUUAUGUACUCUGCACUGCCAAUCCUAAGCACAAGCAACGACAAGGCAUGUCUACAUUUGCAUAUCAAGGCACACCAUCUUCUGUGUCCUCAGUCACUAAUGUCAAGCGGGAGAUCAUGCCUAGUCACAGCUCGGGGAUAGGUCUGGCAUCCCUCGUACCCAAAAAGCAAGAACCUUCAUUGAUUUACGGAUGGAGGGCCAUCCUGUCUUCUCUCCUCUUCAAACAUGGAAAUUAGCAUUACAACUCGGGAGGGAACCAUGAAGUUGAUAGUAAACUCGUGCUGCUAAAUUCAGGCAUCAUUAUUUUUUCCCUUCGCAAUAUUAUAUUAAGGAUGUCAAAUGUUUAGUGCUCCUAUGGAUCUUGUUUAAUUAUUCUUUUGCACUCAGUUAUUAUCAUGGUUCUUUGCUUCUAUGAGAACAUGAGCCAGUAAAGAAUGUAUGAUCUCCGAUCUAACUUCUCUGGUGAUGUUUUGUUGAGACUCUAAAUAUAUUAAUUGGCAGAGUCAUAUCUAAUAGAGAUUAGUGUUUGUU